ACAUAUAGCAGAUUAAAAGCGCAUGACAUCCAAAAUAAGCAGAUAAUGUCUAGACGUUUUAGGCCAUUGACUUCCAUUGCUGUUGAUCCUGCGUUUUCUGAAAAACUCUCUUAGUGUCGCUGUUGGCCACAGAUGGGAUUUAUAUUGAAUUCCCCACCCACUACAGUUAUAUUUAAGCAGACGCCCGUGUGUGUAUUUCAAACGGAGACAUGACUGUAUAACAAAGCUAGUUAAAAUUCCUCAUUAAAUAGAUUACAUUUUGUUUGUUUUCAUCAUUAUUCAAACCGCCGUUGGAAUACAAGAUGGGACAAAACGGAUUUAUGGUAACUACCUCCUUCAGUAUCUGCUUUUUCAUUCUGCUGAUGCUACACACCAGCCGAGGAGACAUGAGCUAUUCUAUAGAGGAGGAGAUGAGACGUGGAUCUGUGAUUGGGAAUAUAGCCAAGGACCUUGGACUUGACGUUAAAAGUUUAUCCGAUCGAAAAGCUCGUUUGGAUACCGAUAGGACAAGCAGGCGCUUGUGUGACAUGAAUCUGAGCACCGGCGGCUUGAUUGUGGCGGAGAGAAUAGACAGAGAGGAGAUUUGCGGCCCGAGAGUUUCGUGUGCUUUAAUAUACGAGCUGAUACUUGAGAAUCCUUUGGAAAUGCAUCGCAUUGUGAUACAAAUUCAGGAUAUAAACGACAAUUCACCAAGAUUUUCAAAUGAUCAAAUUAAAUUGGAGAUAGGAGAAUCAGCCGAUAAAGGUGCCAGAUUUCCAUUAGAUGAAGCCCACGAUUUAGACACCGGCGUGAAUGCGGUCCAAAGGUAUUUCUUGGACAAGAACGAUCAUUUUAAAUUGGCUGUUAAUACAAACACAGACGGAGGUAAAUACGCUGAAUUGAUUUUGGACAAAGAGCUGGAUCGGGAAAUACAGCAGGAGGUUUCGUUAUUGUUAACCGCCAGUGACGGUGGGAGUCCGCAGAGAUCAGGUACAGCAGUCAUACACGUCACUGUGCUGGAUGCUAACGAUAAUAUACCCGUGUUUAGCCAAGCUGUGUAUAAAGUCAGUCUGCCUGAAAAUUCACCGUUAGAUUUUGUAGUGGUUACAGUUAGUGCUACGGAUGCAGACGAGGGACCGAACGGAGAAGUGACGUAUGAUUUCGGCCGUGUUUCGGAUAAAGUCAAAAAUGUUUUUUCUCUUGAGCAAAAGACAGGAGAAAUAAGAGUGAAAGGGCAGAUUGACUUUGAGGAGGAAUCAGUCUAUGAAAUGAGAAUACAAGCUAAAGAUGGCUUAGGUUUGGUUUCCUACACUAAAGUAAUAAUAGAAAUCACUGAUGUGAACGAUAAUAAACCAGAGAUAUUUAUUAAAUCUCUUUACAAUCCCAUACCCGAAAAUGCGGUAAUUGGUACUGAAGCGGGUAUUAUUAAUGUGCAAGACAACGACUCCGGAGAAAAUAAAAAUAUUCGUUGCUCAAUUCAACACAAUGUUCCAUUUAAACUAGUACCGUCAAUUAAAAAUUAUUAUUCAUUGGUAACAACCAGCGAGCUGGAUCGUGAGGUAGUGACAGAUUACAAUAUAACAAUCACUGCCACCGACGAGGGAUCUCCGCCAUUGUCCUCGUCGAAGACAAUUCAGUUAUCGGUGUCAGACGUUAAUGACAACUCACCUGUGUUUGACAAGCAAUCCUACAGCGCUCAAGUGACUGAAAAUAACAAACCCGGAUCCUCUAUUUGCUCUGUUACGGCAAGAGACCCAGACUGGAGACAGAACGGCACAGUCUUCUAUUCCCUGUUACCCAGUGAGGUUAAUGGGGUUCCGGUGUCCUCAUUUUUAUCCAUUAACGGAGAUACGGGGGUGAUCCAUGCUGUGAGAUCAUAUGAUUACGAGCAGUGCAGAAGCUUCAAAGCCCACGUUGUAGCCAGAGACAAUGGUUCGCCUCCGCUCAGCAGCAACGUGACUGUGAGCGUCCGCAUAACAGACCAGAAUGAUAACUCCCCGCUGAUAUUAUACCCGGCUCCUGCAGGGAGCUCCAUCAUGACCGAGAUGGUCCCCAGAGCUGCUCCAGCGGGCUCCCUGGUUUCCAAGGUGAUCGCCGUGGAUGCUGACUCUGGCCAGAACGCGUGGCUGUCAUAUCAGAUCGUCAAAUCCACCGAUCCGGGACUUUUCAGUAUCGGACAAUAUAGCGGAGAGAUCAGGGCCCAGCGGGACAUUGUUGGAACUGACAGCAUGAAGCAGAACCUUGUUAUUUUGGUGAAGGACAACGGACAUCCGUCUCUUUCUGCGACUUGUACAGUAUAUCUAGUAAUUUCAGAUAACUUGUCUGACCUUCCAGAGGUUAAUAAUGCGUCUUAUGAUGAGCCCAGUUCUAAAUUAACCACAUAUUUGAUCAUCGCCCUUGUCUCCGUUUCCACCUUUUUCCUCACCUUCAUCAUUCUCGUUGUGGCCGUGAGGUUGUGUCACAGGAGGAAACCUCGGCUGCUGUUUGACGGCGCAGUCGCCAUUCCCAGUGCGUAUUUGCCGCCCAACUACGCAGAUAUGGAGGGAGCGGGAACUCUGCGCAGCUCUUAUAAUUAUGACACGUACCUGACAACGGGCUCGCGCACCAGUGACUUCAAGUUCGUCACCUCUUACAAUGAUACUCUACCAGCGGACCAGACUGUGAGGAAGAGUCCCAGUGAGGCAGGUGGAGAGGAUUUAACAGGGCGGAUGGAGGGACGACAAUGUAAUGAGGUAAAAGUUGUUUUAAGUAUUUCUAUAGCAGUGUUACAAAUGGAACGUUCGCUCUGAACUCUUUUUACUCGUUUUUUUGCACUGUCCUCACCUUGUAGGGUUGUGCUUAUUAAGUGUUCUGAUAAAGGUCUUCUGUGCAAAGUCCAAUUCCCUGACAAUGAAACCACUGUAUUAAUAUUUUGAUACAGACAGGGUAACCAAAUGGUUAGAGAAGUGUGCUUGUGAUCGGAAGGUUGCUGUGUAACUCCGCAGUUACACGCAGACAGGAAGUUUGUUUUAAAUACAGGGAAAUCCUUUACUCUAUCGUUGCUCGAUUUGUCCCGUGAAAACUUAUAAUAAAUCAACAAUUAAACUGAUGCUAAUGUCAUUGAACAAAUGUCACUAAAUUAACGUAGCCAAUUAGCAGGUUAGAUUAGCUAACAUUUACAAACAUUAGAUCUCGUACCUCGCUGGCAGCUUAUUACCAAAGGAGCUAAUUCUUCACUUGAUGACUUUCAGCUUUCCCCACAACGCAUCUCCAGAAUAAUUUUUUAACAUUAAUGUCAUACAGCAGCUUAAAAUAAGACCUUCAUCACCAUUACACUGAAGAAUUCGUUUUCUCGUUGUUCCCUCACAAAAUUAUAUCCCAUAGGAAGUGGCUCCGAACAAAAUGUUCCGCUCCAAUGCCCCAUA